AUGGCGUCAGCAGCACACUUCUCAGAGGAGGAGAUGGCAGAGCUACAAGAGGCUUUUGGCAAAGUUGAUAUCAGUGGGAGUGGGUUCAUUCAUGCCAAUGAUCUGACAGAUGUGUUGAAGGCAGCCAAUCUCCCUCUGCCAGGAUAUAAAGCCAGAGAACUCAUUCAGAAUUUGACAACCGCAGGGAACGGCAGGAUCAGUUUUGAUGAAUUUAUUUCAAUUUUCCAAAACCUGAAGAGUGACGACGUUGCUAAGUCAUUCCGAAAACAAAUCAACAAAAAGGAGGGGAUCUGUGCUAUUGGUGGGACAUCUGAGCAGUCCAGUGCUGGCACACAACACUCUUACUCAGAGGAAGAAAAGUAUGCUUUUGUCAACUGGAUUAAUAAAGCCCUUGAGAAGGACCCUGACUGUAAGCACGUGGUGCCAAUGAAUCCAGAAACAGAUGACCUCUUCCAGGCAGUCGGUGAUGGCAUAGUGCUUUGUAAGAUGAUCAACUUUUCAGUGCCAGAUACCAUUGAUGAGAGAACAAUCAACAAAAAGAAACUCACACCCUUCACAAUACAGGAAAAUCUGAACCUGGCUCUGAACUCUGCUUCAGCCAUUGGGUGCCAUGUUGUUAACAUUGGAGCUGAAGACUUGAAAGAAGGGAAACCUUACCUGGUUCUGGGUCUUUUAUGGCAAGUCAUCAAAAUUGGACUCUUUGCUGACAUAGAGAUCAGCAGGAAUGAAGCCUUGAUUGCUCUUCUGAGAGAAGGAGAGAGUCUGGAGGAUCUGAUGAAGCUGUCUCCAGAGGAACUGCUGCUGAGGUGGGCAAACUACCACCUGGAGAAUGCAGGAUGCAAUAAAGUUGGCAACUUCAGCACAGAUAUCAAGAAGCCUGACUUCUACAGCAUUAUAAAGGACUCAAGAGCUUAUUACCAUUUGCUGAACCAAGUUGCCCCUAAGGGAGAUGAAGAAGGCAUUCCAGCUAUUACUAUUGACAUGUCAGGAUUAAGGGAGAAGGACGAUGUCCAGCGAGCAGAGUGCAUGCUGCAGCAGGCAGAGCGCCUGGGCUGCCGGCAGUUCGUCACCGCCACGGACGUCGUCCGGGGGAACCCAAAGCUGAACUUGGCCUUCAUCGCCAACUUGUUCAACAAAUACCCUGCCCUGCAUAAGCCAGAGAACCAAGACAUCGACUGGAGCUCUAUUGAAGGUGAGACAAGGGAAGAGAGGACAUUCAGGAACUGGAUGAACUCCCUAGGUGUUAAUCCACGUGUAAACCACUUAUAUAGUGACCUAUCAGAUGCCUUGGUUAUCUUCCAGCUCUAUGAAAAGAUCAAAGUGCCAGUAGACUGGAACAGAGUGAACAAACCACCAUAUCCUAAACUGGGUGGCAAUAUGAAGAAGCUUGAAAACUGCAACUAUGCAGUGGAACUGGGAAAGAAUCAAGCCAAAUUUUCCCUUGUUGGCAUUGCUGGGCAAGAUCUGAAUGAAGGAAAUCGUACGCUCACACUGGCCUUAGUCUGGCAGCUGAUGAGAAGGUAUACCUUGAAUAUCCUUGAAGACAUUGGUGGUGGAGAGAAGGUCAAUGACGAAAUCAUUGUCAGCUGGGUCAACAAAACACUUACUGCAGCUGGGAAGGAUUCAACCAUCUCCAGUUUCAAGGACAGCAAAAUCAGCACCAGCAUGCCAGUCCUGGAUCUCAUUGAUGCCAUUCAACCAGGGUCAAUCAAAUAUGACCUCUUGAAAACAGAGGAUUUGAAUGAUGAGGAGAAACUAAAUAAUGCUAAAUAUGCCAUCUCUAUGGCGAGAAAAAUUGGAGCAAGAGUCUACGCCCUUCCCGAAGACCUGGUUGAAGUAAAACCCAAAAUGGUCAUGACAGUGUUUGCUUGCCUUAUGGGCAAAGGCAUGAAGGAAGUUUAA